CAUGAGUAUGUUUUCUGACUUCUGUUGGCUUACUAGUAUUAUAAAUACUGAUAAAUUCAGUCUGUAGGUACUACAUUAUCUGAGAUUUUCGAACAGUCCAUACCUAUAAGUGAAUUAAUAUAUAUUCAAGUAUGAAUAAAAUUUUGAUUGUUGGUUUGGUCGUAGCUGCUGUGGCAGUGCUUACGUCUGAAGCAGCUGGCGGUUAUGAAGUGUACGAACAUGAAGACCUCGGCAAACAUGGUGGCGGUGGUUAUCGAGGACAUAGUGGGGGCCACAAAGGAGGCGCAUAUGAACACGGAGGUGGUCACGGUGGUCAUAGUGGUGGCCAUAAAGGGGGCGAAUAUGAACUCGGAGGUCACGGUGGUCACGGCGGAUUUGAACACGGUGGUCACGGCGGAUUUGAACACGGAGGUGGUCACGGCGGAUUUGAACACGGAGGUGGCCACGGCGGUCACGGCGGAUUUGAACAUGGUGGUCACGGCAACCACGGAGGAUUUCAACAUGGCGGUGGACAUGGUCAUGGUGGAUUUGACCACGGUGGUCAUGGCGGUCAUGACUAUGGCCACUACGGUCAUCAUUAACCAAUAGAAAUUUAUAG